CUGUGGUCUUCUGUCCACUCUUGCUGUCUCGUCCGGCGGGAAACCACGGAUAUCAAAAUAUGUCCGUUGCUAACGGUCGCUUCAUGUAUUUCGCUUUUGGAAGUAACUUGUUAAAGGAAAGACUGCAACUAGCAAAUCCCUCUGCGAUAUUUUGCACUACCGGCCGACUAAAGGAUUAUGAGUUGAACUUUGGCCUGUGGGAGAAACAUGUGGACAACAGUUGGCAUGGUGGAGUGGCCACCAUUAAGUCCUGUCCAGGGGCAGAAGUGUGGGGGGUAAUCUGGACUUUGAGCAACGAAAACCUCCAGAGCCUAGACAACCAGGAAGGGGUGAGUCUUGGAAGGUACUCUCCACUGGAGGUUUCGGUGGAGACUGAAAAUGGACUCAUGCUCUGCAGGUCUUAUCAGAUCAACAAUUUCCACGCCUGCCCUCCAUCUCCUCAGUACAAACAGGUGGUGUGUCUGGGUGCAGAGCAGAAUGGACUUCCGGGGGAUUACCUAAAGAGGCUGAAGGCUAUUCAAACCAACAACUACACUGGCCCCUCAAUCCUUGAUCAAAUCCAAACGGUCAAGUAGAUUGAAAAUUCACAUUCUUUACUCUUUGAAAACAUCAGUUGACAAACAACCUCACCACAAGGUCCAUUUAGUAGCUGUUCUGAGAACAUAUAACAAAAUAGCUAUUAACCUCAUUGACUUUUCAGUAGUUUCAAGAGCAUUCAACUGCAUUUUAUUCUCCAUUACAACCAUAAUCACAUAAGUAAUAGUUGUAUGAUAAUUAAAUGAUAAAAAUGUUAACAUGAAAUGGUGCUGAAGACAGAUGUGGUUUCUUCUUUCUAAGGUCAAAACAAAAUCUGCAACAAAGUGAGGCCAGAAGUUUGUAAUGCAUGGACAUAAUGAGCCAAACACAUACCUUAUCUUUUAUUUUGAGCUGUCGUCAAAUAAUUUAUGUAUUUUGAAGCCAUCACAAUUGAAGACUCAAAAUGUAUGUGACAGGCAGAUCCUUCCAUUUUAUCAGUUUUCAGGGGAAUAAUAAACACUGGUGAAACAC